AAAUUUCCUCUUUCAACGAAAUUCACUCUCGAAGAGGGACAACAACAGGCAGCUCUUCUUCCUUUUCUGCGUCUCAUCAUCAAACCCCAAACUCUUAACUAGCCUCUUCCUCCUCCUCUUUACUUUAAUUUCAUUUUGCUUUCACAAAUCUAAGACCAGAGCUCCAAAAGAUUGAAUAUUUAUCCCCUCAAAUUAAAAUCCUUCCUUUUUCGCCUUUUCGGUUGAAAAUUUGUAUAAAAAAGAGGGUGAUUUAGAAACAAUGGAUGCUGAUUCAUGGAGUGCUCGUCUUUCUUCAGCUUCUAAGAGAUAUCAAUCGGCUCUUCAAUUACGAUCUGAUAUGCUUAUGGGGUUUGAAGAAAUUGAUGGAGAAGAUGAAAUAAGAGAGGAGUUUCGAUGCCCUUUUUGUUCAGAGUAUUUCGACAUCGUUGGCUUGUGUUGUCACAUUGAUGAUGAGCAUCCAGUGGAGGCUAAAAAUGGGGUUUGUCCAGUCUGUGCAAUGAGGGUGGGCGUUGAUAUGGUUGCGCAUAUAACCCUACAACAUGGAAAUAUAUUUAAGAUGCAGCGCAAGAGGAAAUCACGUAAAGGUGGAUCUCAUUCCACGCUUUCUCUUCUGAGGAAAGAGCUGCGAGAAGGAAAUCUACAGUCCUUCUUCGGGGGUUCUUCUUGUACAGUGUCUUCCAAUUCAGCACCUGAUCCGUUGUUGUCUUCAUUUAUUUUACCCAUGGUUGAUGACUUUGUUAGUGUCCAGCCUAACUUUUCUCGUGAAACAAGAACAACUAAGAAAAGUUCGGACGUGAAUAAGUCGGAAAGAAAUGUGAAGUCGUCUCCCCUUUCGGUAAAGGAUCAGGAAGAGAAGGCAAAAAGAUGCGAGUUUGUUCAAGGGCUGCUGUUGUCCACAAUGCCUGAUGAAAUUUUAUAAAACAGCGUUCUCGGGUUCAAAUCGGUUGCUGCAAUGGAAUCGUGAACCCGAAUCCCAUGGGGAAAUUGGGUUGACGAUGAAGAGCCCCCCGGCAAGCAAACUUGCAAAUCUACGGUUCAUUACUGUGUUUGUAGUGAAAAUGUUGAAAUAAGGUUGGUAGGAAUGAAUGUAAUUUUUUGCAUAUGUGGACUCUUUUAGUUGUUGUUAGACCUGAUCAUGGUUCCGACUUCAUCUUUUAAUCUCAGGUCAUAUGGUAUGACGAUAUUUUUAAAAAAAUGUUGUUUUCAACA